ACUGUCGUUACUGGGCCGGUACGGCUCGUGAGACGAAAGCGUCGAACAAAAGGGCAAGUAAUCCCUGCGACGAUAGAAAUCGUGCGUGACAGGUGCAUCGAGAACGCGUCGCAUUAGGUGGUACCAUUUGCCGCUGCCGGUCGUACCGCCGUCGUCGCGGAAGACCCGCUAACGUGCCCCACUGACCCAGAAAUGUGGCACUGCUGACCAACAAUGCCCGUAUCAGUGGAUGUUCUUUAGUCUGCCCGCGGUACCACCCGUGACACACGCGGUAGUACCGACGACCGAAAUAUACGCGAAACUCUCGCCGCUUUCUUCUUGAUGCUGACAUCGUCGCCGAGACAGUACCCAGAAAUUGACGACAGUUCGGGCAGUACCAUACCGGUAUAUCGAUACGUUAUCGCGAGCCUAGGAUGCAAUUUAACGGAAAAGGGUCGUGAAGCACAGUGUUUAAUUUUCGAGUUUUUACCGGACGACGAUGAAGUGGCAAUACUGUUUCUUGGGCCUUGCUUGUCUGGUAUUGGCGGACAGUACCGCGAUCCGUCAGGCAAAAGGGGUUAGUAGUAGGGGUCCACGAAAACUAUUCGGCGGAUACCGGAUAACCCCUAAGUACUGCGCAGCUACCCUUACUCAUCGAAACUCCACAGGCGGUCCGACCGUGUGUAUGUUCAACCACGAAUGCCUCCAAAGAGACGGUCUAGUGGUGGGGGCCUGUAUGGAUGGCUUCCUCUUCGGCGCUUGUUGCCAAUUACCGCUAGAUUCAUCGGUCGGAGACCUAGUGGAAUACGAUCGCAUUUCCAUACCGUCCCUAGAGAACGAGCUCUCCUCCAAAGUAUCUCCGACCACUCACAGGUCGACCCCAGGGCUGACGGAUAUCACAUCAAGUGGCGUGUCGCAGAUUACCGCCGCUUUACUAGGUGGGGGCAGUCUCAUGCCGACUGCCCAAGAUAACACUGUGAUCGAGAUUAACGGACAGGACCACUGGACGAAUACGGGGGUAACUCAUCCCCAAGCUGCCGAUACUAUUGUCGAUAAUGCGGACAACGAAAUCAGCGCCACCUACUUCAGGCCCACCUAUCAGCCGCAGAACACGAUCUACACGACUUCCAAAAUGGAAGCGUCCACUACCAGAUACGCCGACACUUACCCCCCGAUCCUUCAGAUAUCAGUGUCGAACGCACCUAUAGGCUACACACCAUUACCCACUUUCGAGAAACCAGCGUUCAGACCCAAACCUCCCAAACCUACGGACGAAAACUACGUGCUUGUGCCGACCAUCGCUCACGAAAUCCAGAACAAGACGCCACCGAUAGACUCCAUAAUCAACAUUUUGGGCCAGCUGAAUCGGACAACUACUGGAAAACCAAUAUCGACUUUUUCCUACGCCAGCUCGAGUUAUAUAACAAGACAACCGUCUCAGACAACCAAGAAACUACCUUCAACUUCUUACGUGUUCAGUACGACCAUUCCGCCGAGAAGAACGACCGAAACGACCGCACCAACUCCCGCGAAAUACACUAUCAACAAAGAGGACACCUACCCCACCACCAAUACCGGUCUUUCAACAUCCUUUGUCUACUUAUCGACAUUCAAGCCCACGAAAACGCCUAAACCACCAUCGACGAGUUACGUGUACGACCCAAGCUUCAAGCCCACUAGGACACCCAAACCACCAUCUACUUCCUAUGUGUAUAACCCCAGCUUCAAACCGACCAAAACUCCCAAACCCGCAGCUCAUUCGACCUUCGCCAAUUCUCCUGAUGCCUUCCCGGGCUCUUCCACACCCUCCUACGUGUACGGCACCACCCCUAGUGUGGUUACCUCUAACAUUGCAGGUCCUGGAUUCACUGUGACGUCACAACCCGGUCAGUAUUCUCCUUUUCCUAGUCCAGCUCCCACUGUGAUUGUCCUCGGCCCAGUUUCCGGCGAAGGCGGUACCGUUUUUUCGUCCACGCAACCCCAGCUCGUCCCAGUGCCCACCAGGUUCCAGAGUACCACCACGACGAGACCGCAGUUGGGCGCUCUCCCUCAAAGAAAACCGGUGAACCAGGUUACCAUUAAUAAUCAUGUCACGCAGAAUAUCUACAGCACGCAACGGCCGCAGACAAGCAGUACCAGCCAGGACCUGCCUUCUCCGACGGUACUGAUCACGCCCAAGCCGACGAUUUCCUCGUCCUUGGCUCCGUUGACUGCGGAAGAUUCCGAAGUCAUCGAGGUGACCGCUCAGGAUGAAAUGAUCAAUUUCCCGCCGGAUAGGCACCCGAACUUGAACAUCUCGGUACCGCUUUAUAGCGAGGAUGACAUCACAACACCCAGCUUCGUCGAGAGUGACGAGAUGAAUGACAAAGUGGAAUCUUUCGUCAACGAGAUCUUAAUCGGCCUCCAAGAACCUUUCAACGACCUCAAAAACAUAGUGUACAGCAACAGCACGCCGUCCUCUAGCGCUACUACGAAGAAACCAGUCAAGAAGCAGGGCACCACCACCAAAAAACCUGCUACCAAGCCGAGCAGCAUAAAAACUACCACCAAGAGACCGGUUACUACUAAACCGGUCACCACCAGAAGACCUACCACGACGGUACCUACUAGAAAGCAGACCACGACUACUAGGAAACCCACUACGACGAAAAAAAGUCCAACUACUACUCAGAAUUUGAUCGAGUCCACUCUUGCAGCCCAGGAUUACAGAGACUCAUGUGGCGUUAGACCUCUAGUCAAAACCGGGCGAAUCGUGGGUGGCAAAGGAGCCGUCUUCGGUGAAUUCCCGUGGCAAGUGCUAGUUAGGGAGUCCACAUGGCUCGGCCUCUUCACUAAGAACAAGUGCGGAGGUGUAUUGAUAAGCGACAAGUACGUGAUGACCGCGGCUCAUUGUCAGCCGGGUUUCCUCGCCUCUUUGGUCGCCGUCUUCGGCGAAUUCGACAUCUCCGGAGACCUAGAGAGUCGAAAACCGGUCAGCAGGAACGUGAAACGGGUAAUAGUUCACCGCAAGUACGACCCGGCGACGUUCGAGAAUGACCUCGCUCUCCUGGAGCUGGAUUCCCCCGUCAAAUUUGACGCGCACAUUAUACCAAUCUGUUUGCCGAGAGACGGCGAAGAUUUUACUGGCCGGGUGGCCACCGUGACUGGUUGGGGUAGAUUGAAGUACGGCGGAGGAGUACCGUCGGUACUGCAAGAAGUGCAGGUGCCGAUAAUGGAGAACCACGUGUGUCAGGAGAUGUUCAGGACGGCGGGCCACACAAAGGUCAUAAUGGAGUCGUUCUUGUGCGCGGGUUACGCCAACGGACAGAAAGAUUCUUGCGAGGGCGAUUCUGGUGGCCCUUUGGUACUACAACGUCCUGACGGGAGGUACCAGCUGGCCGGUACCGUGUCCCACGGGAUCAAGUGCGCGGCGCCAUAUUUGCCGGGGGUGUACAUGAGGACGACGUACUUCAAGCCUUGGAUAACAUCGAUAACGGGAAUCGAGUGAAGUGUUUUCGAACGACCUUUAAUUGAUGACAAAAAGUUUUGGCGCGUUUCGAACUUUAGCGGACGCCGUCAGGAGUUGCGAUGUUACGGACGUUUGGGCAAAGUUCAGAUUAAUUAGCUUCGACGCGGACAGAUACUCCUGGGAGAUGUUAAACGCAUAGGAGAGACCUCGGUGCUAAGUUCUUAUCAUGAACAUUAAAAUUAUAUAAUUUAAAGAAUAAAACACGUGGUAUAACCUAACUUUCUUCCAGAAGCAAAGCCUAAUUUUAAGACGAAAUUAUAGUAAAGUUCGCUGCACAUAUAUUUCUUAGUAAAAUUAUGAUUCGCAUAGAGUCGCAUUUACUAAUAUUCUAUUGGGCCUCUCCUGUGGUUUGAUGUUCGGUCAGCCAUCUCGCCGAAGUUGACAUACUUCUGACAUUACCAUAGAAUGUAACUUAUAUAUGGUUAGCACCCGUAGCUGACCAAAAAUGAAUCUUGGAAACCAAUAUCUUGAUUUCGCGGUAAACAGACAACCUUUUUGAUAUAACUUAUUACAGAUUUUAUUUAUUUAAAUUAUUGACGUUAUUUAUAA